AUACAGCUAGCAGAAAUUGAGGAGAGAGAGAGAGGGAGAGGUGUUUCUCGAACCUAACUCUUUAUAAUAAUCAGAGAGAAGCUAUUGCUCUCCAUUAUUCACCCAUUUCUCCUAUCAAUCACUCCUUUUUCCUUUCUAAGCAAUCUCUCUCUCUCUCUCUCUCUCUCUCUCUCUCUCUCUCUCUCUCUCUCUUCUUAUAUUCCAUCUCUCUCUCUCUCUCUCAUACGAUCUGCAUAGCACACUGGACAGAGCUAAAUUGCUAAACUGUAACACAAGAAGAUGAUUGGACAAAGCUUCUUCCCUGAGGAUCUUGAUUGUGGCAACUUCUUUGACAACAUGGACGACAUUCUUGACUUUCCCGGUGGUGAUAUCGACGUCGGUUUUGACAUUGGUGAAUCCGACUCUUUCCCUAACAUCUGGACCACUCAUCACGACACGUGGCACGCCGCUUCUGAUCCUCUCUUCGCUUCCAACACCAACACAAACUCUGACUCUUCACCUGAGCUCUAUGUUCCGUUUGAAGAUAUUGUUAAGGUUGAAAGGCCACCGAGCUUGGUUGAGAAGAAGGAAGAUUCGUUUUCAACGAACAUGGAUUCAUCGUCUUCUCAUAGCACAUUCAGAAGUUCAAGUCCAGUGUCGGUGCUCGAAAGCAGCUCCUCAUCGUCUCAGACGACCAACACCACCUCACUUGUCCUCCCUGGAAAGCAGGGUCGUCCACGCACUAAGCGCCCUCGUCCACAUGUCCAGGAGAAGGAUGGAGUCAAAGACAUUGUUGAUUCGUGCCUCAUCGUUAGAAUACCGAAGCAGUUUGUCUCCGACCACAGCAAGAUGAUCUCUAAGAAGAAGAAGAAGGCUAAGGUUACUUCUUCCUCUUCUUCCUCGGGGAUUGAUUUUGAAGUGAAUGGAAACAACAAUGUUGAUUCGUAUAGUUCAGAGCAAAAUCCAGUUAGGAAAUGUAUGCACUGUGAGAUCACCAAGACUCCACAAUGGAGGCUUGGACCUAUGGGUCCAAAGACGCUUUGCAACGCGUGUGGCGUGCGUUACAAGUCAGGAAGGCUUUUCCCGGAGUACCGUCCAGCUGCUAGUCCAACAUUCACUCCAGCUCUUCACUCAAACUCCCACAAGAAGGUGGCUGAAAUGAGAAGCAAGAGAUGCAAGGAUGGAAGCUACACGACCCAAGAGAAUGAUAUGCAGGAUUUGAUUCCGAACACACUGGUGUAGACUUAAAACCGAUAGAGAGAUGAUUCAAUCUCCAAGUGUUGAAGUGAUUAGAGUUGAGAGGAGUAGGAAAGAGUCAAGGAACAGAGCAGUUUUAGAUUUAGAAGAGAUGAAGGAAGAUGAACAAUCAAUUAGAGGAGAUCAAAAGUUAGAAGAUAAUUGAUUGUGAUUGUUUUUUGUAUUUGUAGUGUGAAUGGGCAAAGCAGAAGAUUUUGAAGACAUUAGAGAAAGUUAAGUGUUGAGUUUUAUAUUAAAUCUCCCUCUCAUUUUCUCCUUCAAUUCUUUGUAUUUUUAUUGUGAGGAUCCUUUUGGUAGUUGAUUUAUUUAGCUUAAGGCUUUUUUUUAAUGUUAAAAUCAUAUUUUAUAAGUUGUUAA